UCUAUGAUUUUUACAUACAGAUUGGGUAGCCUUUAAAAGUCAGCAAUGAGAAAUCACACAGGUAUAACAACUUUCAUCCUACUGGGACUGACAGAUGACCCACAAACAAAAGCUCUGCUUUUAAUCUUUCUAUUUUUCACAUACAUACUGAGUGUAACAGGGAACCUGACUAUUAUUACCCUUACAUUGGUGGACUCCCACCUUAAAACUCCUGUGUACUUUUUUCUCAGAAAUUUCUUCUUCUUGGAAGUCUCAUUCACCACUGUCUGCAUUCCUAGAUUCCUGUACAGUAUAUCGACUGGGAACAAUACUGUUACAUACAAUGCUUGCACAAGUCAAAUAUUUUUUGUUACCCUCUUUGGAGCAACAGAAUUUUUCCUGGCAGCUAUGUCCUACGACCGCUAUGUGGCCAUCUGUAAACCCCUUCAUUACAUGACCGUCAUGAACAACAAGUUCUGUGCUUUAUUAGUCCUCUGCUGUUGGGUAGCUGGCUUGAUGAUCAUUCUCCCUCCCUUUAGCUUGGGUCUCCAGCUGGAAUUCUGUGAUUCCAGUGCUAUUGAUCAUUUUAGCUGUGAUUCAGGUCCCAUCCUGAAUAUCUCAUGCUCAGAUACAUGGUUAUUAGAGCAGUUGCUUAUUCUUGUGGCUAUAUUUGCACUCAUUAUCACCCAAGUGUGUGUGUUUCUGUCCUACACAUACAUCAUUAAGACAGUUCUGAGAUUACCUUCUGUUCAGCAAAGAAAAAAGGCCUUUUCUACCUGCUCAUCCCACAUGAUUGUGGUUUCCAUCACUUAUGGAAGCUGUAUCUUCACCUACUUCAAGGCUUCAGAAGAAGUGGCCAUAAAUAAAGGCGUUUCAGUGCUCACGACUUCUGUUGCUCCCUUGUUGAACCCCUUCAUUUACACCCUGAGGAACAAGCAAGUGAAACAAGCUUUCAAUGACUCCGUAAAGAGGUUUGCAUUUCUCUCAAAGAAGUAA